AUGGAAAAUGGAUUCCUAACCGACGUAUACCCUGAGCAGUAUUGGUACAUCAUCAACAUCUGGCGGGUAAGGAAUCGCACUAGCUCGUGCCUCGUAAGUAAGCAGCUGUUGCAGAAUUGUAAAUGCAUGAUUCUAUCAUUUCAACCUAGGUAGUGUCGGAUGUUUCACCUUCUCAAUAUCCACUUGCGCCGUGUACAUUUUCUCUUGCAUGUUCAUACUUCAAACACGGUGCUUUUGUUUGUUACAAUGUAUAUAUCAUGGGUUUAUAGCUUCAGUGUAUCAUCAUACUAUCAUGCUGACCGCAGUCCAUUUUCAUUGAACUGGCUGCACCAAUACCCUCAUGUAAUGCAGAAGUAUCUUGCAUUGGAAAGCUGUCAUACCAUUGACAGUGGCUUCUAGUUGAAGUGCUGUGCAGUGCUUCUCAGCCUGUCACAUUGGUGGUAGUGCAUGCAUUGCCAAUAGGUAGAAAAAUGACAUAGCAAGCAAUUGGGCCUUCCAUGCACUGCAAUCCUUGUUUGGUUUUAGUGCUGGACAGUAACAUAUUGUUUGUGUAAUGUGUACUGGGCAUGUCUCCAAAGGGCAGAGAGGGUGGAGGAUGCCAUCCCCGGAGCAACGGGCAGCGGAGAUGGGGGAGGAGGGGGAAGGUGAAAGGUCUGUGGCGGCCAGAGAGGGACCGAGCGGGCACAGCCAAGCAGACACCACCACCAACAACCUACUGGCCUCCGUCAAAGAACAGGUAUGUUUAGUUCGCUCUUUUUCUCCUCUCGUUCUCUCGCUCCCUCUCUCUCUCGCAGUAGGUAUGCCUCUCCCCAUCUCGUUCUAGUUCUAUGAGUCUCUUUCCCUCUCCAUCUCUCUUUUUAUAUCACCCCCUCCCUUCCCGUUUCCCUUCUGCUGUUAUGUUAUGCAUUUAGAGAUGCUAGAAUGCACAAGGAGAUUACCUCCUUUGAUCAAGCAGUGUUUUCUGAGACUGUCGCUCAAUCAGAAUUGUGGGAAAGCAGGGUAUUUACAGAUAAAUGAUUUACAGAUUUACAGUGUAGGCUACCUCACAAUUGUGUCCUCCUGAGUGCUAGUACAGAAAUGAGUGAUGAAAAAUGUGAAUGUCACACAAUAUUCCAGACGUUUAAUCAAACCCGUCAUAAAACUGUAAAUUAAUAUUUUUCAUUUUCGUCUUAUUCUGAAAGCUGGAACUGUCUUCCUGAUGAGAUUUUCAAGAUCUUCUUGUAUUUUUUAGAUUAAAAAAUGAAUAUUUUUUCUUCUUUUUUUUUUUUACGUAGACUGUAUUGCUGCAUAAAUAUGGCAAUGCUGUUUUGAUGGAAUUCGACCCCUAAAGCUUUAGGCUGAGUGUUUUCUAAUGGGUUUCUCUCUUUUGAAUUCUGUCAAAUUUUGUAAAGAGUCAGCAGAAGUGUGGAGGUCAGCUAACUGUAGUAGUAUGAUGAGCCGCAGUAAUAAUCUGUACAAAAUCAGCAUUUUCAUAGUGAAUAGUGAUAGGAGUCCAUCAGUUGCUGUAGCAAACAGUAUGCUGAGUGGGCAAACCCAGUGCCAUGUUAGUGUCAAAAGUCCCAAGACAAUAAGACAUUCUAGUAAGAAUGAAGUCUUAUCCAUAGAAAUAGAAUGACGGUUUUCUUGUUGUCACGGAAUAUUUGGUACCAGUAUGUAGGAUGGACACUGUGCCCCGCUGGUUUAGUUUUCCUGGAAUGGUCCAUCCCAUCUCUAUCCUAAUCUAGAUCUGGAGGUGGAGUUAAAGCACUAGGCCUAGCGUGUAUUUCACUGAGGUCCCUAAUGCAGUUAAGACAGCUGUCAGGGAGUGUAUGUGGGUUGCUGGGUUUUCCCCCUUGUAUUUACUGUGUGUGUGUUUACGCCCUGUGUGUGUUUGCUUGUGUGAUGUGCUUGGUUGAGCCCAGUAAUUCUCUGGUGUGAGUGAGUGUGUGCACUGUGUGUGUGUGCACUGUGUGUGUGUUGCACUCACUCACUCUGUCUCUGGCUGACUUUCCUGUGUGAUUGCAGGAUUACAGUGUGUCAUCUGGUUCUCUCUAGUAGUGUGUGUAGACAGGAUCUAAACUCUGGGGUCGACGCCAUUUACCAGACAGAGACACUUUGUGUUUGUGACCCCCUGACAAUGGGCAGUCAGUCAGUGACCCCUCCAGUUCACCAGUCAGCUGGUACAGUACUAGACACAACCUGGCACUGCUUGGCAUGGGAGGAGGAAUCAUUGGCAGGACCCCAUCCUGAUAAGAGCCCAUCCUGUUCAAGCUGGUGGCUGGCUGCCACUGUGGCACUGACUGCUUCCAAGUGAUGACGCUUAAUCAUUUAGCGGUUAGUCUCACCUCAUGGCCUAUAAAGUCUGCAUAGUCUAUAUACUCAUUUUAGACAUUUGUAGCCCUGAAGGGUUUUUAAUUGACUUCUUAUAAUAAUGUUCACUUGUAACAAACACAUUAAGAAACACAUAACCCGUCCCUGUUCAGUAUGAAAUCGGACUGAUGUUUCUGGGUAGCUCUGACCUUAAUGCCACAAAGCCUCUUUUGUUGACUUAUUCAUUUGGACCAUAAAUAUUUUACAGGUCAAACAUCAAAAUGCUCUAAAAUCGACGCAGAGCGAGCAUGCCAAAGGCUGUGUACCUUGGUUAUUGUUAACACAAUGGAAGUUGUUGUCAGUGAAAGAAAAUGUCAUUCGGCGAGUAUGAUUCUACCAUUUGUCCCUUCCGUGUUGCCGUAGGAGCUCCAGUUUGAGCGUCUGACCCGGGAGCUGGAGGAGGAGCGUCAGAUCGUCGCCAGUCAACUGGAGAGGUGCAUGCUGGGAGCUGAGUCGCCUGGCGAUGAUGAUGAUGCCAGUAGCAGGUACACACACACACACACACGCACACACACACACACACACGCACACACACACACACACACACCACACACACACACACACACACCACACACACACACACACACACACACACACACACACACACACACACACACACACACACACACACACACACACACACACACACACACACAGAGAGAGAGCACUGACCCUGUUUCUCUAUCAGCAUGUCACCUACAUGGAGCUACUGAUGAUAAGUAGCUACAGUAAUGCCUUUAUCCAAGCUCACUGAACGCACAACAUGCAACACACACACACGUACACAAACACACACACACACAAAUACACACACAGGAUUACAUUGUAAACUGUCAUGUUGAUCUAACUCUCAUCUCCUCUCCAUCCCUGUCCUGCCCCAUCCCUUCCCUCCAUUAUUUGACUACCUUCUCUCCUUGACAGUGACUCAUCAGAGAAGUCCUUUGCUUGGAGAUCCACAGGUACAGCUUCUCCCAUAUUCAAAUCAUAUUGACCCCUAUUGAAAUCCUAUUGUAAAGACACCCAUAGGGUUGCCCAAAGGUAGCACAAGUACAAAGGUAUGUAGCGAGUGCUAUCAUAAACUGCUUUUGAGAUAAGCUACGUUUGCACCACAGGAGGCUGCUGAGGGGAGAAUGGCUCAUAAUAAGGAACAGAGCAAAUGGAAUGGCAUCAAACACCUGGAAACCAUGUGUUUGAUGUAUUUGAUACCAUUCCACCAAUUCCACUCUAGUCAUUACCACGAGUCCGUUCUCCCCAAUUAAGGUGCCACCAACCUCCUGUGAGUUGAAGCAAUCUUGAUAGCGAUCACAGGACGGUUGACGUGACGCCAUCUUGUUUUCCUCAGUAGAUGUGUCUGGUACGGGAGAGCACCGGGCUGCUGUAAUGGACAGCUCUCAUCAGUCACCCUCCCGUCUCUUCAGAGCUGAUCAGGGUCACGGGUCACUCUACCUCCCUGAACCGGAGAGGGCAUCCCUGCAUGACAGUGAGGGUCUGUUACUUCCUGCAUCCUCUUUUUCAUCUGACUUUUUCUUCUUCUUGUUUUGCAGUUUAGAUUUAGCAUGGAGAAUAUAGAAUGCUUAGGGCUAGAUGGAAUCUGCUGGGCAGAAUUUUUUUUUAACUCAAAAGGAAUGAUUUGACAUCAAAAAGCGGAAAACGUUUUGAAAGUGAAAAGGCAGAAAUGCUUUAAAAAAAAAAAAAAAAAACUGAAAAUGCUUUGAAAUAAAAAAGCAGAAACUUCUUUGAAAUAAAACGUAGCUGUGGAAUAACAUCAAAGUAUACCAGGUACUGCGACACAACAUACAGUAUAUAACGUAGUUAUGGUUUACUUAUUAAAUAUUAAGACAACAUUUACAACUAAUGUAACAACAGACUUCAUUUGGCCAUAUUAUGCACAAUAAACAGUAUAUCAUCCUAAGCGGGCACAUUCUAUAACUUAAUGACAAUAUUUAUUUAAAUGGAAACGUAUAUUUUACAUACCAUGGCAUGCUGUAUUGAUUAUGAAUGUAUCGAUUGCAUAAAUGCUCAUUCACUGUGUAGCCUAGUUCUGAAAUAGACAUAAAGAUCAAUAAGGCAAUCCAUCAUUCAAACGUAAUUCUGUCCUCUGCUUCCUCUCCACCCUCCCUCCCCUCUCUCUCCUCUUCUCUCUCCUACAUCCCCCCUCUCCUCCCUUCUACCCCUCCCCUACCCUCUCACAGGAUCUGUGGCCCAUAUGACGUCAUAUGCAGAUAGUGGAUACCAGGACAGUAGCAUGAGUUACUACAGUGUGAGCAGAGAGAAUGUGGUUCUGUCAGAGCCCAGACACGUGCUGUCAGGCAGCGGCCCCAGGGGAAGCCCCGGUCACGGCAGGAGCUCCCGGGCAGAGGGACAGGCCUCUGCACAGGUAGCUAAUGUACACUAACCCAACUCUACUGUGUAGAGACGGACAAAAUCUUUAAAUUUUACAUUUUAGUCAUUUAGCAGACGCUCUUAUCCAGAGCGACUUACAGUUAGUGAGUGCAUACAUUUUCAUACUGGCCCCCCGUGGGAAUCGAACCCACAACCCUGGCGUUGCAAGCGCCACGCUCGACCAACUGAGCUACAGGGGCCCUAUUUAUAUGCCAACAUAUAUAUCUAUAUAUAUGAUAUAACCUUUUAAAUGCCUGCCUAUUUAUAUAAUAUCAUAGUUAACCUACUCAAACUGUAUAUAACGCAAGGUUAAAGAUCCAUAGGUAUCAAGGACUGAAUUGGCUUUCCUGUGUGUCGUGCCUUGUCCAUAUCUCUCCCCCACUCUCUGACAUCCGGUAUCUCUCCCCCACUCACCCUACUCCCUCCUAUCCCAGGCCUCAGCGUCAGGGCGGGUGAUGAGGAGGAUGGGCUCCCUCCCCUCCCGCGGCCAGUCUCCUGUGUGUGGUGUGGGGGGCGCCGUGUCCCCGUCCCGGGUCUCUCUCCGCACCUCCCAGGGCGGCAGCGCCUACGGCUCACCCAUACUCACCGAGCCCAAACCCCUCGCCAGCAUCUUCCCCGGGACCACCAUGCCCCCCUCCUCCCCGCCUGGUCCAGGCACCACCCCCUCCUUCCAGCGCGCCACCUCUCCCUACUCCCCCACCCACCAGAGGAACGGGAACGGCGACUCCCCUCUCCGGACCAGCCCCCGUCCAGGCAGCGCCAGUCAUGCCACCUCACCUCACCAGGCGACGGGUAGUAUCUCCGGGUGCCUGGGGUCUACUCUGUCUCUGGUGGAGGGGAGGGGGCUGUCUGGCUCUCCUCUGAGGUCCUGUAUGACGGCUGUUCCCCAGCACUACGGCUCCACACUGCCCCGCCAGGGGGCUCAGACCCAGGCUCUCCACUACGGACAUGACGCCUACGGGCUCUAUGAGAGGACCGCGCUGCCCCUGUCACGCCCUGACAGCCUCACUGGUUAGUCAUACAGCAGGACUCUGCCUCGAAACACACACAGACACACACAUGCACACACGUUCACACAUACACACAGACACACACAUGCACUUAAAGCUGGAAUCCUUAAUUAAAACAAUAACAAAGCAGUCACCCCGCCUUAGCUUUGGUAACAAUAGGGAUAGGCCUGGAUAACUUUAACCACUCUCAAAUUCAAAGCAAGCGCUAUGUAUGCAAGGACUGACCAUCCAUCAGAAUAAUAGUUUUAACCAUGUUUUAAGGCUAUACAGCAGGGAUCAUCAACUAGAUUCAGCCGCGGGAUGAUUUCUUCUUGAGCGGAUGGUCAGCGGGCCGGAACAUAAUGACAAAUAAUUUGUAGACUGCAAAUUGACCGCAAGAAGCCCAAACAGAUAUAAUAUUUGACUAAAACCUAAUCAUUUCAAACUUUGCUUACAUUUAUAUGCAAUCACAGAUACAGUAUCUCUGUUAUGCGUCGGAAUACUUUGGAACAGAUUUAAAAUCAAAUCCCCGGUGGGCCGCCAGUUGGGGAACCCUGCUAUACAGUGUUUAUUUACAUUUACUUUGUUUACAAACAUUGGAGUAUAACAAGCUUAUAUUUUGGGGUCUAAAACAAUUGAACUAAGUUCAUGAGGCAUUUAUUUAAGUUGUAUUAGUCCAAAAAUGGAUGUAGCAAGUAAGGAUUUAUGCUGGUUAAAGGGUAGGAAAAAUAUACUUGAAAAGGGUCAAACGGAACCAGGCUCUCUUCUGAUUUCCGUGCAGAGAACUUGUCUUUCUGAAUCGAUUCAGCUUUGUAGAGGUCCAUUGGUUUCUGUGUGAAAGGGAUGAUAUGAACUAAAUACUAGAUCUGUAGUGUUGGUGACAGAGAGAUGUGUUUGUCCUGUAUCCUGAUCCAUCCUGCAGCGCAUCAUAUCAAUGAGCCUAGCCUACUGACCCACAUAGCCCUGUUUUAUAAAUCCCUUGUUCAAAGGUUAACAAUAGGGCUCUGGGCAAAAGUAGUGCACUAUAUAGGGAAUAGGGUGCCAUUUGAGGCGUAACCAGAGUCAUUCGGAGCACUGCUCUGCUCUGGGGGUAUUGUUUGGUAAAACAUGACAAAGCAGCAUGGAUUGGUUUCCAUCUAUUUUACAGGGCCAAACGAAAGGAGCCUAUUGGCAAAGUGAAUCAAGUGCGCCCUGGAGAACCAUAAAGCGUUGCCUUUUACAGCUCGUUACACUGAAGCAGAGUGAUGCAGGGGAUUCUUGUUGGCCGUAGGCCUUUACUGCACAGUAUAUCUCAAUAGGUUGAGCUUUCAAAAGAGGUUCAACAAUAGACUGCAACCAUCCAAGAUGCACUCUUAUAUUGGUGUGGUCACUUCAACCAGCAUUAUAUUUGGGACAAAUCUUUCGCUAAACCCUAAACCUUAUCUAAAUCUUAUAAUGAAUAAUGGGGCGAUUGAACAUGUACAGGAGACUAAACUGCUUGGUGUAACCCUAGAUUGUAAACUGUCAUGGUCAAAACAUAUUGAUGCAACGUUAGCUAAGAUUGGUCUGUCUGUGAUAAAGCUCUGCUCUGUUUUCUUGACAUCACAAUCAACUCAGGUCUGCAGUUUCAUCACACCUGGACUACUGCCCAGUUAUAUGGUCAAGUGCUGCAAAGAAGGACAUAGGCAAAUUACAGUUGGCCCAGAACAGAGCAGCACGGCUGGCCCUUAAAUGUACAUGGAGGGCUAGUAUCAAGAACGCAUGUCAAUCUCACCUGGCUCAAAGUAGAGGAGAGAUUGACUGCAUCACUACUAGUCUUUGUGAGAGGUAUUGACGUGUUGAAAGCACCGAACUGUCUGUUCAAACAGCUAACACACAGCUCAGACACCCAUACAUACCCCACAAGACAUGCCACCAGGGUUCUCUUCACAUUCCCCAAGUCCAGAACACUCUGGGAAACGCACAGUACUACAUAGAACCAUGACUACAUAGAACUCUCUUCCACAUCAGGUAACUCAAGCUAGCAGUAAAAUCAGAUUUAAAAAACGAAUAAAACACCACCCGACGGCACAACGCAGACUGUGAAGAGACACGCACUCUACACACACACAUUGUAAUUGUGGAUUUUAUAUUGUAAAUGUGUAAUAUUAGAGUAAUAAUGUCUUGUAUGUUGUAUUGAUUUAUUUAUGAUGUAGGCUGUUUUGUUGUGAUGUAACUGUUUUAACCCUGUUUUGACCCCAGGAAGAGUAGCUGCUGCCUUGGUAGUAGCUAAUGGGGAUCCUGAUAAAUGCUAAAUACUAAACCACUUACAUCAACCUCAACCAUGAACAUAGAUCUACUUUCACACUGUAUAGCAGCCUACAAUUAAUCAUUCACAACCAACAUACAACACAACUGAUUACAGAUUGUAAUAUUAUUUUAGAUUUAAAGUUGAUUUAGGGUUGAUGAAGAAUUUCACCACGUUUCUCCACAUUCCAUCACCAACAACAUUGUCCUCAAAGCCCAUCUUGACAGCUGACACAGUGUAAAUAAUGUAAAGCCAAUUAAUGUUCCCCUGCUGCGUGUGUGUCCAGGUCUGCACAGCUCCUACGCCACUCACCACAGCCCACUGGACCAGGAUAUGAGGAUGGCCAUGUCUCCUGACUGCCACAUCACGCCUGUCUACGACGACAGAGCCUUCCACAGCCCCCUGUAUCACAGUCCCACCCACACCCACCACGGAUCACACAGCGCUAUCUACAGGACACUCACAGGUACUGCAACACACUACCAGCAGACACAACUACACAUGGCUAGGGCCAUUGGGACCAGAGUCUUGCACAGUGUGUUAUAACUAGUUUGUAAUCUACAGUCAACACGAUAUUCAUAUGUGGGCUGUCUUUUCUAAGACACAUCUUUGGAGAUGCAGUUAAACAGACUCAAAGCGGAGAGGUGUGUGUGUGUGUGUGUGUGUGUGUGUGUGUGUGUGUGUGUGUGUCUAGGCUACGCCCCAUCCUGAAUGUAUCCGUGUCUUUGUAUUCCCAGGUGCGGCAAACCUUCAGCGGACCCUCCAGAGGACCACAAGCCAUUGCAGCACCCUGGCGUACCAAAGAAGCAGCUAUGGGCUGAACACCGCAGGGUCAUACGCAGACCCCUACAGGGUCUCCCAGCAGGGACAGGGGCCCAAUGAGAACUCUUUCUCCAGGCACUCUGGUCUGGUUGACAGGGCUGCCACAAGGUCCCCCUCCAUAGACAGUAUAGAGAAGGACCCUAGGUACAAAUACACGACGCACCAUCACACACACACUCACACACACGUCGAGCCACGCGAUGAUUACAUCCUGACAUGUUAUUUAUGAAUUCAGAUCAAAGUUUAUUGUUCAUGUCCGCAGGACACAGGGUGUAAACGGUACAGUAAAAAAAAUACACAAUAAGUAAUAAAAAAUAAGAAAAAUAGUAAUGUUUGUAAAUAUAUACUGUACACAAUAAGAAUAUACAGUAUAGAUUAUGAAAUGUGAGUUUUAUUGAUGUGUCAUUGAUGAUGGAAGCGAUAUAUUGAAAAUUGCUUUUAGACUCACUUUCUCUCCCUCUCUCCCCAUCUCUCUCCCUCUAUCUCUCUCUCCCUCCCCCAUCUCUCUCCCUCUAUCUCUUUCUCUCCCUCUCAUCUCUCUCCUUCUCUCUCUCCCUCCCCACCCUCUGUAGGGAGUUUUCAUGGCGUGACCCCGCGCUUCCUGAGGUGAUCCGCAUGCUGCAGCAUCACUUCCCCUCUGUCCAGGCCAACGCUGCAGCCUACCUCCAGCACCUGUGUUACGGAGACAACCGCAUCAAAGUGGAGGUAACAUGAUGCCUGUCUGUCCCUGUCUGUUCCUAACCUCUCAGCUGAUGUGUAUGAUCAAACAGUCCUUCCCUAGAGAGGAUUUGAAAGCACAAACACAUAGCCCUUUUCUGCAGUCAAAUGACCAAAUCUCCCUCUAGUGCCCUCAUGGGUGGAAUGUUAUUACUUUUUUUCAAACGGUAUUGUUAUAUUUCAGUCUUCUGUGAUGUAUAUAAAGUGUAAUAUUGGUAUGAAAACAAAAAAUUUAAUACAUUUCAACUCUAUAUCUGACAUGGUACAGUUGUCUUCUUUUUUUAAAGCCCAUAACCAUGUGUGUGAGGCGUAUACUUUUGUUUAAAAGUAGAUUUGUUUAAGACUACCAAGAAACACUCUGUGUGACCCUGAUUUAGCCCACUGCAGUAAAAGGUGAAUUAAUAUAAAGGAUAGUGCUAAAAACAUGAAUAUAAACUGGGUGGUUUGAGCCCUGAAUGCUGAUUGGCUGAAAGCUCUGGUAUAUCAGACCGUAUACCACUAGUAUGACCAUUUAUUUUUACUGUUCUAAUUACGUUGGUAACCAGUUUAUAAUAGCAAUAAGGCACCUCGGUGUGUUUGUGGUAUAUUGCCAAUAUACCAUGGCUAAGGGCUGUAUCCAGGCACUCUACGUUGCCUCGUGCAUAAGAACAGCCCUUAGGCGUGGUAUAUUGGCCAUAUACCACACCCCAUCGGGCCUUAUUGCUUAAAUAACAGUGUUAUUGAUUACACCUUUUUGGUUUUGUCAGCUCCAGGUGUGUGUGACCUUGACCCUCUUCUAACAGGUGUGUCACCUGGGAGGUAUCCAGCACCUAGUGGACCUGCUGGACCACAAGGCUGUGGAGGUGCAGAAGAGUGCCUGCGGAGCCCUGAGGAACCUGGUUUAUGGCAAAGCUACAGACGACAACAAGGUGGCCCUGAGGAACUCUGGUGGCAUCCCCGCUCUGCUCAGACUGCUGAGGAAGACCACCGACAACGAAGUCAGGGAGCUGGUCACUGGUACGUCUCUCUGCCUCAUUGUCUGUCUGUCUGUCUGUCUGUCUCCUUUUUUUGUUUGUUUUAGCUGUCUGCCUGUUUUUAUGACUGUCUAGAUCAGGGGUAUUCAACUCUUACCCUACGAGGUCCGGAGCCUGCUGGUUUUCUGUUCUACCUGAUCAUUAAUUGCACCCACCUGGUGUCCCAGGUCUGAAUCAGUCCCUGAUUAGAGGGGAACAAUGAACAAACUUAGUGUAACUGGCUUUGAGGUCCAGAGUUGAGUUUGAGGGGUCUAGAUCUAUAUAUAUGCUUGCUUGCUGAUACAGUAUUUCUUGCCUAUCUCUGCAUUAUCAAGUGAGGGAUGACAGGAUACAACCUUAUGGCCGCACCUCAGCACGUGUCCUCUGCUCACUACAUCUGUGCCUAUCCCCCGUUACCACUAGGGGUGCUGUGGAACCUGUCGUCGUGCGACGCGGUCAAGAUGACCAUCAUCAGGGACGCUCUGAGAACCCUGACCAACACUGUGGUCAUCCCCCACUCCGGCUGGAGCAGCGCCAACUACCGAGAGGAGACCAAGCUCAAGUUCCACUCCUCUCUCCUGCUGCGCAACACCACCGGCUGCCUCAGGUGAGGAGUGAGGAAGUCAUCCCUGUAAGAUCCGAUGACUGUAAAUCGCUUUGGAUUAAAGCGUCUGCUAAAUGGCUUUCUUCUUCUGUGUGUGUGUGUGUUCAUGUGGCUGUAAACCUGUAUGUAUUGUCUAUGUGGUUGUAUUGUUGACCUGUCUGCUGUGUUUUGCCACAGGAACCUAAGUUCAGCAGGAGAGGAGGCCAGGGGUCAGCUGAGGGGUUGUGAGGGCCUGGUGGAUUCCCUUCUCUAUGUCCUCAAGGCCUGUGUUCACACCUCUGACUUCGACAGCAAGGUGGGCUUACUAUAAGAGUAGUACAUUUAGGCUAGUCCAGAAACAAUGACAUGCACCCCACCUGCCUGAACCCCCUCUACUUUAUCCAGAAUUAGACCAGCCAUCUUCACUCAGUUUCUGCCCAUCCAUCUCUGCUAUCCCAACUUAAACUUCCUGAUCUUACCCCCUUUGUGUGUGUAUAUGUGUGUGUGUAUUGUGUGCGUCACUGAAAUGCUUCCCCCUCCUCUCCCAGAUUGUGGAGAACUGUGUGUGUACUCUGAGGAACCUGUCCUACCGUCUGGAGAUAGAGAUGCCCUCGUCUUGCCUGCUGGGGACUCAGGAGCUGGAUGCCCUGCUGGGCUACGGGUCCCCCGGUAAGGACCUAGACUACCUCUGCUGGGGCAAGAAGAGGAAGAAGAAGAGGAGUUGGCUGGAUGAUAAGGUGUGUAUAGUAUGGGGUUAUCCACUUUCCUUGGCUGAGUCACACUUCGACACCUAUGAUAAAGGCGCCUGGAAAUGUGUUAGAAUUAACACAUAACAAUAGCUAAGACACAUCGCUGAUACAUUCUCUCAACGUUUCCUUCCCUUCUAUGGUGUUUCUCCUCCAAGAUUUGAUUAGAACUGACUGACUAUCUCGCUCAGCCUCUUGCUUUUCAUUAUGUUUUCAGUGGGACGGCGUUGGGCCCAUCCCGGGGUUUGGUAAGCCUCCGCGGGGGGCAGAGAUGCUGUGGCACCCGGCCGUGGUGAAGCCCUACCUCAGCCUGCUGGCAGAGAGCUCCAACCCUGCCACCCUGGAGGGCUCCGCCGGAUCCCUUCAGAACCUCUCCGCUGGAAACUGGAAGGUGCACAACUUUUUUUCAUUGUAACCUUUGUUUAUACAGGUUAGUCUCAUUAAGAUAUCUGAUUGAGUCUCAUUGAGAUAAAAUCUAUUUUGCAAGAGACCAACAACCCACACGACACUCAUGUCUGUUAUGCUUUGCUUUACACUGUUUAUCUGGUAUUAUUGAAAUGUUACAUCAUGAUAAUGGGACUGUGAUAACAUAAUGGGACUUCCUGGGUAAAUAAAGGUUAAAUAAAAAUACAAUAGAAAUCAUAAUCCCUGUGUGCAGUUUGCGGCCUACAUCCGUGCGGCGGUGCGCAAGGAGAAGGGGCUUCCUAUCCUGGUGGAGCUGCUGAGGAUGGACAACGACAGGGUUGUCUGCUCUGUGGCCACCGCUCUAAGGAACAUGGCCCUGGACAGCAGGAACAAGGAACUUAUAGGUCAGACACGCACGCACGUGCACAUGCGCACCUACACACACACACACAGAAACUCUCUCUCUUUCUCACACGCACACACUUAUAAGUCCUUCAUGUCCCCUGUCUCCCCACUACAGGAAAGUAUGCGAUGCGGGACCUGGUGAACCGUCUCCCUGGGGGCAGCCCCUCCCUGCUGUCUGAUGAGACGGUGGCUUCUGUCUGCUGCACGCUCCACGAAGUCACCAGCAGGAACAUGGAGAACGCCAAGGCCCUGGCAGACACGGGGGGCAUCGAGAAGCUGGUGGACAUCAGUAAGGGCAGGGGGAGGGGGUAUUCUAUGAAGGUGGUGAAGGCUGCAGCUCAGGUCCUCAACACGCUGUGGCAGUACAGGGACCUGCGCACCCUCUACAAACAGGUCAGAUCACUGUGUCUUCGCAAAGUCAAUGGUUUUGGUAUAAUCGCUUAACUAAUAUCAAAAGUUGGAGACUUGGCUCCAUUUUACCUUGGAAAAACUGAACUGAUCUCUGCUUAAAAUACCUUAAUAUCCAGUUUUGCAGAGGUAAAACGUCAUUGUCCUGAGAGUAGCUAUUAUCUCUGUGUUGUAGGACGGAUGGCACCACGGUCAUUUCAUCACUCCUGUGUCCACUCUGGAGAGAGACAGGUACAGGUCUCAACCAACCCUGCCUACUAGCACCUUACAGAUGUCCCCCGUGCCCCGCCAAUCAGGUGAGAGCACUCAACUAUCAUGUUCAAACUACUCAUUAACACACACCACAAUGGACCUUCCCUCCGGGUCUGAUUCCUCUCAAGGUUUGUUCCCUGCCACUGUGCUUCUGCUUGCACUUUGAGGUCUAGACCCGGGUUACCACCAGGGGACUUUUCACAGUCCCUGUGUCCAGAACAAAUUCAAGGAAACGUACAGUAUUAUACAGAGCCAUGAAUGCAUGGAACUCCCUUCCAUCUUAUAUAGCUCAAGUGAACAGCAAACCUGGUUUCAAAAAAACAAAUAAAGCAACACCUCACGGCACAACGCCUCUCCCCCAUGUGACCUACUUGUUGUGUGUACGUACUGACAUGUAUGUGUAACUGAUAGAUGCACACACACACACCACAUGUUAAUGUUUUUAAAUGUAUGUAAAUUGUAAAGUAUUUUGUCUGCAAUGUCUUUUUCGUUAUAUGUCAGGCCCCAGUAAGACUAGCUGUCGCCAUUGGCGUCGGCUAAUGGUGAUCCUAAUAAAUCAAAUCAAAAUUACUGUAAAGCACUUUCUGACAAGUGGUUUAUAAAUACAGUGAGGGAAAAAAGUAUUUGAUCCCCUGCUGAUUUUGUACGUUUGCCCACUGACAAAGACAUGAUCAGUCUAUAAUUGUAAUGGUAGGUUUAUUUGAACAGUGAGAGACAGAAUAAUCCUGAAAAACACAUGUCAAAAAUGUUAUAAAUUGAUUUGCAUUUUAAUGAGGGAAAUAAGUAUUUGACCCCUCUGCAAAACAUGACUUAGUACUUGGUGGCAAAACCCUUGUUGGCAAUCACAGAGGUCAGACUUUUCUUGUAGUUGGCCACCAGGUUUGCACACAUCUCAGGAGGGAUUUUGUCCCACUAAUCUUUGCAGAUCUUCUCCAAGUCAUUAAGGUUUCGAGCCUGACGUUUGGCAACUCGAACCUUCAGCUCCCUCCACAGAUUUUCUAUGGGAUUAAGGUCUGGAGACCACUCCAGGACCUUAAUGUGCUUCUUCUUGAGCCACUCCUUUGUUGCCUUGGCCGUGUGUUUUGGGUCAUUGUCAUGCUGGAAUACCCAUCCACGACCCAUUUUCAAUGCCCUGGCUGAGGGAAGGAGGUUAUCACCCAAUAUUUGACGGUACAUGGCCCCGUCCAUCAUCCCUUUGAUGUGGUGAAGUUGUCCUGUCCCCUUAGCAGAAAAACACCCCCAAAGCAUAAUGUUUCCACCUCCAUGUUUGACGGUGGGGAUGGUGUUCUUGGGGUCAUAGGCAGCAUUCCUCCUGCUCCAAACACGUUGAGUUGAGUUGAUGCCAAAGAGCUCACUUUUGGUCUCAUCUGACCACAACACCUUCACGCAGUUCUCCUCUGAAUCAUUCAGAUGUUCAUUGGCAAACUUCAGACGGCCCUGUAUAUGUGCUUUCUUGAGCAGGGGGACCUUGCGGGCGCUGCAGGAUGUCAGUCCUUCACGGCGUAGUGUGUUACCAAUAGUUUUCUUGGUGACUAUGGUCCCAGCUGCCUUGAGAUCAUUGACAACAUCCUCCCGUGUAGUUCUGGGCUGAUUCCUCACCGUUCUCAUGAUCAUUGCAACUCCAUGAGGUGAGAUCUUGCAUGGAGCCCCAGGCCGAGGGAGAUUGACAGUUCUUUUGUGUUUCUUCCAUUUGCGAAUAAUCGCACCAACUGUUGUCACCUUCUCACCAAGCUGCUUGGCGAUGGUCUUGUAGCCCAUUCCAGCCUUGUGUAGGUCUACAAUCUUGUCCCUGACAUCCUUGGAGAGCUCUUUGGUCUUGGUCAUGGUGGAGAAUUUGGAAUCGAUUGAUUGAUUGCUUCUGUGGACAGGUGUCUUAUACAGGUAACAAACUGAGAUUAGGAGCACUCCCUUAAGAGUGUGCUCCUAAUCUCAGCUCGUUACCUGUAUAAAAGACACCUGGGAGCCAGAAAUCUUUCUGAUUGAGAGGGGGUCAAAUACUUAUUUCCCUCAAUAAAAUGCAAAUAAUUUAUAACAUUUCUGACAUGCGCUUUUCUGGAUUUUUUUGUUGUUAUUCUGUCUCUCACUGUUCAAAUAAACCUACCAAUAAAAUUAUAAACGGAUCAUUUCUUUGUCAGUGGGCAAACGUACAAAAUCAGCAGGGGAUUAAAUACUUUUUUCCCUCACUGUAUAAUGUUGUUGAUUUGACUGAUUGAAUGAAUGGAAAUGUCGCCACCACGGUGCUUCAUUUCUGUGUUGACGUUAUUGUGUCUUCUCAGGUGGUAGUGCAACCUCCUCCCCUGCCAUGUUAGGGAUCAGAAGACCCAGCUCUAACUACCAGAGGGCUCAGUCAUCUAUGCAACUCGAUACAUAUUAUGGAGACAACAGUUUACAUAAAAACCAGUAUACAGGUAAGCCAUGAGGAAGAUCUUUUUAUUCACCAGUACAUUUUUUGUGUACAUUUGAUAUAUUUUGAAUGUUUCAUACACACAGCUUAGUAGAAUUGAAGACAUGGUUGGAUGAAGAUAUCAUUUACUUACAUUUUUGGAUGUGGUUUUGAGGCAGGUUGUAUGAACGGAGUUAACCAUGCCUCAUGCUUGUAUUUUUUUCUUUGUUUUUACUUUCAGGGUCAGAAAAGCAAACACCAUAUUUUAUCGGGUCCUAUUCCUCACCAUCAAGAGAGGACUAUCCUAGGUCCCAGGUAAGACAAAAAUAAGUUGUGGUUCUGGUGUCUUAAAGGUCCAAUGCAGCUGUUUUUAUCUCAAUGUCAAAUCAUUUCUGCGUAACAAUUAAGUACCUUACUGUGAUUGUUUUCAAUAAAAUGUGUCAAAAAGAGUCGACAAUAGCAUCUUAGCAAAGAGCAAUUUCUCAAGCAAGAAUUUUGCUAGGACUGUCUGGGAGUGGUCUGAGUGGGGAAAACUAGCUAUUAUUGGCAGAGAGGUUUGGAACCCUCUUUUGUAUUGGUCUGUUAACGAAUUUACCGCCUGGUGACAUACCGGGCACUCCAAAACUCCAUCCCACCGAAACAGGCUGAAAUUUCAGGUGGUCAUUCAAACAGCUCUUACACUAAAAGGGCAUUAUCAUAAUUUUCACAAUUUCACAGUAUUAUUCCAAACUCAGUGUGGAAAUAUAUAUAAAACACAGGAAAAUCUCAAUUUUGAAUGCACUGGGCCUUUAAAUUCUCUUUCUGUUACAUAAAAUAAGAUUACACAACCCUGUUGUCCUUCAUUGGGUGUAGUGGUGCCCACUGAGUCCGCAUAGAGCCUUUCUUGUGUUAAAGGGAUUAAAUGUAUCUUAAAAGUUUGUUCUUUCAUUGUGUUCAGUGGUGUAGUGCAGGGUAAAUAUUUUAUUUUGGAAGAGGGUUUACCCACCUUUUCUGGAAAAAUGCAUUGAAAGUAUAGGACUGCGGACUGCAAUCAGAGAUUACCACCUAUUAUUUUUACCACUACAUCACUGAUUGUGUGUAAUAGUCCCUCUCCUCUCAUGUAGGACCCAUGUUUGUUGUGUUGAAGGGAUUGAGUUUGUCUUAAGAGUUUGUCUUUUGUUUUACCGGCAGGAAGAUGUGUUCUACUCCGACGAUCCGGAUAGGAAUACUUACAACAACUACAGAAUGUAUCUGUCAUCACCGCAAGGUUACGGGGAGGAGGAGCCUGGGCCUUACCAGGACGAGCCAGUGGACCUGACCUCCACAGAGAGAUACAACACAACCCAAUCUAACAGACUGAAAUCCAAUACCAACACCACUAACUACGUGGACUUCUACUCCACCACGAGGAGGCCUUCUCAGAGGGCUAACCAGUACACUGGAUCCCCUGACUCCUGGGUGUAG